AGCGACAUCCGGGUGGCUGCGCCGUGACGUUUGACCGCAGCCGCCGCGGCGAUGGCGGAACUUUGGUGGUAGUUGCUGAGGCGACGACGUCCGAGCGGGGAGGCAAGGCCGGGCCGGCAGACAGACAGAUAAUAUAGAACAUAAAUGAGCAGCAUUGUUUAAGCCUGAUGAUAAGCAAUGCCUCCUGUGCGUCGGUCAAGGAGUGGCAGUCCAGACUCGUCUUUCAGCCCUAAGAGGAAGCGGCACAGCAACAGUGAUGGCAGCAGGUCACGAAGUCCUCCGAUAAAAAGUCCCAGUCAUCACUUGGGGCUCAUGAAAUCACCUAUGGCUGACAAAAAGCUUCAAAAAUCCCGAUCUAGGUCGAGAGAGCGAUCCAGCACACACAAGCAUGAAAAUGGUGUGCAUCAUUCAAGGUCAAGAUCAAGAGAACAGACAUCCCGUUCCUAUCAUGGGCACUACAACAAACCUUAUAUGGCCAACUAUGGAAAAGAACAAGAAGAUUUACUCCAACAGAGACAUGAUGCCUUUAUUGCCAGGCGUUUAAAGGAGCGAGAAAGAAUUGGGGAACUGGGAGCACCUGAAAUUUGGGGACUGUCUCCAAAAUUUCCAGAACUAGACUCGGACGAGCAUACUCCAGUGGAGGGUGAGCAUGGGGGAAAGAGCAGCAGUGCUGAUUCCAGUGGAGACGAGGAGAAAAAGAAGAAAAAGAAAAAAAAGAAAAAGAAUAAAAAGAAAAAAUCAAAAAAGAAAAAGCAUAAACAUUCAGAAGAAAGUGAAUCUGACUCUGGCAGUGAAAGUGACUUAACCGAUCAGGAUAAAAAGAAAAAGAAGAAAAAGAAAUCCCAUAAAAAGAAGAAGGCAAAGAAAAUGAAAAAGAACAAGAAGAAUGUGACUGAAUCUAGUAGUGAAGAGUCUGAGGAGGAAAAUGCACAUGAAGCUGUCUGGGUAGAAAAAACAGGUGCACGCGAGGAUGACACCACAUAUGGACCGGAAGCUCCAAUGGAGCAGUCUGCUCAAGAUGAUGACAAGCCUUUGAAUUACGGUCACGCUCUGCUUCCUGGUGAAGGGGCUGCCAUGGCUGAGUAUGUGAAAGCCGGGAAGCGGAUUCCACGGAGAGGUGAAAUUGGUCUGACCAGCGACCAGAUCGCUUCCUUUGAACAGUCUGGUUACGUAAUGAGUGGAAGCAGACACCGACGCAUGGAGGCCGUGCGUCUGCGUAAGGAGAACCAGAUAUACAGUGCAGAUGAGAAGCGAGCGCUGGCUUCGUUUAACAGAGAGGAACGGCUGAAGAGGGAGAACAAGAUUCUGUCUGGCUUCAGGGAGAUGGUGCAAAGGAAGACCAAGGGCAAAGAGGAAAAAUAGAGAUCUGAUUUUAUUUUAAAUAGCUUCUUUCCUAGACCUGGAAAUGUACAGGAGGUCGAUCAUCUAAAAUAAAAGUUUGUUUUUCAGCUGGGCAAUUAUAAUGCUGGCCAUUCUCAGACUUUUAAAUCUUAAUUUUCAGCAUUUAAAAUGUUCUUUGUUUAAAUUCGUAAUAUAAUCUAGAUGUUCUAAGAUUGUUUUCACUAUAGUUGGUCAAAUAGGAUGUUAAUAUUGAAUGCGUAACUCAAUUUCCUAUCUUUCUAGUUUUAUAUAAAACUAUUCAGUGAUAAUUUGAUGUAAAAUUGUGUUAUUAAAAUUACCAAUAUAGUUUA